AUGUCUGGCUCGGCACAAAAGUGGCUCAAUGUAUUGCCGAACGGAUCCAUCACCUGCUUUCAGGAUUUCAAGAAUGCUUUCCUGCGCCAUUUCACCAGUAGCAGGAAAUAUCAGAAGAUAGAUCAGUAUCUCUUCACCCUCAAGCAAGGGUUUGCAAAGCCCUUGAAAAGUUACAUAAAACGCUUCAACCAGGUAGCUCAGGAUGUCCCGUCCGCUACCUCCGAGAUCUUGAUGAACGCCUUCACUCAUGACCUAAUGGAAGGAGAGUUCUUCCGAGUCCUCAUUCGAGAGCCUGUAAAGAACUUUAAUGAGAUGCUUGGAAAGGUAGCAAACUAUAUUAAUGUAGAAGAAGCCCAAGCUGCUCGGAGGAAAGAAGACAAGACGACUGCUCCUGCCAACGCUCCUGCCAACAAGUCGAAGAGAAUGCCACCCCAACCUCUAGCUCGACCCUUUCCUCUCUCCAAGGAUGCCCAACUAGGAUUUCCACCUGGUCAAUGUUAG